AGCAAGCUUCUCGACUCUAGCCAUAAAAAAACUAAGCUCUUUUCUAACAGACUCUUAAGGCUGCACUUCUGCACUUCUGCUUCUGCGGCUCUGUCUACUGUCUCUCUUUGACCAUCUUCUAGAUAUCCUCUGUUUCACUGAUACCCGAAGUAUAUGAACAAACUAUGCCUUCAUUUACGAGAAAUGGCGUCCAUUCGCAAGGAUGUUCUUUCAAAUCUCUGUAUCUCAAUCCUCUGAAUGACCUCAGGGAUUACGAAGAUGGUGGCAGCGGAGAACUCAAUCUGCAUCUGUGUAGUUCGUCGGGAAACGGGCUCUACGGGCAAGGCUGGUCUUCCAACAGAGGCAAGAAGCCCAUGGAAGAAGGUGGUGGUCGUGCUAGCAGCAGUUGGAAUACUAAGAAUGGUUUGUCUCACAGGAGAAAAGGUUUCUUCUCGAAUUCCUGCGCCAGUCUUGUCGAUAUCAAAGAAAAUAGGAACUUAUGGUUUGAAACCAAUGCAAACCUAAACGAUUCGAUGUGUGUUUGGGACGAUUCGAAUGCUGUGACUGCUCCUGCUUCAGCUUGGUCCACCCUCUCUAACAGGUCUCUAAUCUAUAGGCAACUUCCAGAAGAUAUAGGAAGGUGUUCCUGCUACAUUGUACAAGAACAGCCUGACAAACAUGGUGGAUUUUUCCUUUACACCCUCUACACUAAUGAGGGUCAAGGAAGGGUAGAUCGAAAACUUGCUGUGGCCUACCACCAAAGAAAAUGGGGCAGAUCUGAAUUCAUUGUAGCACAAAACCCAGCUGGGAUCAAGUCUAAGUGGCAUGAAACUUUCAUUGGAACCGUAACUGCUAAUUUCAUGGGCACAUGCUACCACAUAUGGGAUCAGAGUAUCUCUCUUGGUGUCCAGUGGAAGGAUUCCAAGAAACUGGUCGCAAUUGCUACUUUCUUUCCCACCAUAGCCACUUUGACUGGGAGUUUCAGGAGGAUGAAGGCUUUUGUACCAAAAUCUCGAUCAAAGCAUGCUAAAAAUUCUCUUCAGGUACGCAAUUCAAGAGGAUUGUCAAGGAACUGGGAGGAGAACAAGAGCAAAGUGCACCAGUUAUUCUCAAAAACUCCACACUACAACAAAAGCUCAAAGCAACAUGAACUAGAUUUCAGAGAAAGAAGCAGGACAGACAUAUCUAUACAAGCAUCAGUUAAGAACUUUCAGCUUACAAUGAAGGAAGAUGGCGGAGGGCAAACAGUUCUUCUUUUCGGAAAGUUAGGAAAGUCAAAAUACUUGAUGGAUUAUAGGUAUCCCUUGACUGGCUACCAGGCUUUUGCAAUUUGCUUAGCAUCCAUAGAUUCAAAACUGUGUUACUGCAUCUAGUCCAUUAUACAGUCACUCGAUGAAGCAGCCAUUACUUGUACAUGAUUUUGCAACAUUUAUAUAUUGCACUUUCCUUGUUCUA